CACUGGAUUAUCUCUUUUCAGUUAUUUAAACAAUUUUCCAGAAGCAAAAAAAUAAUCAUUGUGACCGGUGCAGGUAUAUCAGUUUCAAGCGGCAUACCAGAUUUUCGUAGCAAAGGUGGUAUUUAUUCUCGGUUGCGCGUUGAAUUUCCCGAUUUGCCUCAUCCAAGUUCAAUGUUCGAAAUGGAUUACUUUAAACUUAAUCCGAGGCCUUUUUUUGAAUUCGUUCGAGAAAUUUUUCCUGGGCAGUUUAAACCGACACUUUGCCAUCGCUUCAUCAAGGCGCUGGAGAUAGAAAAUAAAUUGCUCAGAAAUUAUACGCAAAAUAUUGAUACUCUUGAGAAUUUGGCUGAAAUUCGGCGAGUUGUCUUUUGUCAUGGCUCUUUCAAAUCUGCCACUUGCCUGAACUGUCAUGAAUGUGUUCCAAUUGAUGAAUUAAAGGAAACAAUAUUGCAUGGAGAAAUUGCGAUGUGCAAAAAGUGUUGUGAUGCUUCUGGUGUGUUAAAACCAGAUAUUGUUUUCUUCGGUGAAGAUUUACCUGAAGAAUUUCAUAAUCGUUUGAAUGAAGACAAAGAUGAAGCGGAUUUACUUGUCGUGAUCGGUUCAUCGUUAAAAGUGCAACCUGUGGCUCUUUUGCCGUAUCAUGUUAAGAAAGAUGUACCUCAGAUUUUAAUUAAUCGUGAACGUUUGCCUCAUUAUUAUGCCGAUAUAGAGUUAUUAGGGAAUAGUGAUGAUAUUAUAACGCAGUUAAUUCUUGCACUUGGUUCACCAUUUACGAAUAUCCUUUGCGAAGGUUAUUUGAACAUUUUCCCUGGCGCAGAAUUCUACUAUGAUACAGAAUAUGAGCAUUUUUGCGAUAUUCAGCCCAAUUAUGAUUCGGAUUCAUCAUCUGAUUCUUCCAGUGACAUUGUUUCUCCUGUGUUAGCCUUGGAAUUGGCGAAUGAUGUUACUGACCCAUCAUGUUCUAAUGUGGAUCAGGAUGAUGAUGGCAUCGGCUGUGUUAUUACGGAAAUGUCAGAUUCAUCGCAGUCUGAAAAGUGUUCAAAUUCAUUUAAUAGUGAUUCCAGCACCUUCAGUGGUUCUAGUGCUGAAACAUCUUAUUCAUCCCAGUUCGGCCAGUUUUCAAAAUGUUGCACGGAUGACAGUGGUAGUGAAAGUGGCACUAAAGCUUCAUCACAUUUCAAACCUUGUUCAGAUUGCUUUUGUGCUGUUUCUAAAGCGCUAUUAGUGCGACAAAAAAAACAGCGUUCGGAACAUUCCAUUGGAGAUAUUGGUGAAAACCUACAAAAAUAUGGUGAUUGUAAUCCUUCCAUGAACAGUUCAAGUUGCUUGAAAUUUAGUGAAUAG